AUGAUGGCCAACGACAGACUGUGGAGGUCGAGGGUUGAGCUUCUCGCUUCAAAGAGGUCGAGGGGCGGCAGGGGACGCGGCUAUGGCGGACGUCGUCGGCAUCGGGAGUUUGCAGGCGGCGGCAAUAGGAGGCGUGAACGUAGCGUUUAUGGCAAGGACGGGUUCGAUGAAGAGAACAACGGCGGAGAGUUUGACGAUGGCUUUGGUCGUUUUCCCGAUGAGAAUAAUGCCCGGCAGCGACGUACCACUCCACUCGGGUCUGACUCGGAGUUCGAAGAGGACGACCUCCACGGUCAUGGCGGAGGGGGGCACGAUCGGAAAUUUUCGCGUCGAGCAGCAUAUCGUGAAGGCGAGGGUUUCGAACGUAAUGGUCAGUACCACCGUGACGGCAGGCGUCCGAUAGAAGGGGGCGAUGAGUCACGAUGGGAAGCGGGGUUUCGGGUGGAUAUCCCGGAGUUUGCAGGAAGUGUAGACGGUUCGGAUUUUAUGGAGUGCGGGUGCGGGGUGGUCGUCGCGGCCAGGGGGUCCUGCGGGGAGCGCGGGAGUACCCGCACGGCUAGCGGGGGCAGCGGACUGAGGUUUAGGCCAGGGAGCUGCUUCGGCGUGUGUGGCGGGAUCCGGUGGGCCAUACCAGCGGGCUUCUCCGGACGGUGGAUGAGUACCUACAACAUGUGCGAGAGGUGCUAUGUGUCUUGCGUGCUGAGUCGUUUUUCGCUGCUCCUCGUAGCAAUGUCGUCAUCUCCUGCGCCGGGAGCCGCGCCUCCUCCCACUUCUCCGCCGUCAAACACUACUUCUCCGCCUCCGGCCGCUCCUGUCCUGCCUCCGCCUCCCCUCCCGGCGGCGUCCCCACCGCCGUCGUCUCCGCCGCCUCCACCAGCCGUCCCAUCCGCUCCUCCUCCAUCGUCAUCUCCUUCCCCGCCAACCACCGCCCCGCCUCCGUCUCCACCAUCUGGAUCGACUCCGUCCCCGCCGGAUGGUGGUUCUUCUCCACCCCCAGCGGCCGGAGGUUCCCCUCCAGCGCCUCCGAGCAGAGAUUCACCCCCGCCGCCUUCAGGUAGGGUCACUCCUCCGGCGCCUUCAGGUAGGGGCUCUCCUCCGGCGCCUACAGGUAGGGGUUCUCCCUCGCCGCCGUCAGGUACGACGGGAUCGACGACGCCCUCUGAUGAAGGAUCAUCAGGGAUAUCGACUGGGGUGGUGGUUGGAAUUGCUAUCGGAGGUGUGGCGAUACUAGUGAUUUUGAGUCUGCUGUUUGUAUGCUGCAAGAAGAAGAGGAGAAGACCACAAUCGGAAUUCUACGUGCCUCCACCUGCACCACCUGGCCCUAAAGCUGACCCAUAUGGUGGGCCCGUAAACAGCUGGCAACAUAAUGUUCCGCAGCCUCCUAACGAUGUUAUUAAACCUUCUCCAGCACCUGCUGGUGCGUCUAGACCCCCAUACACCCCUUCACCUCAUCCUCCGCCUGCUCCUCCUUUCAUGAGCAGCAGUGGAGGAUAUAGUUCGAGUUCAGCCCCGGAAAGUAUACUCCCACCACCCUCACCUGGCAUGGCCUUAGGGUUUUCUAAGAGCACUUUCACAUAUGAAGAGCUGGCAAUGGCAACUGAUGGCUUCUCAGAUGCAAACCUUCUUGGGCAAGGUGGUUUUGGUUAUGUUCACAGAGGAGUCCUUCCAAAUGGCAAAGAGGUUGCGGUAAAGCAGCUAAAAGCUGGAAGCGGACAAGGGGAGCGUGAAUUCCAUGCAGAGGUUGAGAUCAUUAGCAGAGUGCAUCACAAGCAUCUUGUUUCAUUGGUUGGAUACUGCAUGACUGGGACUCAGCGGAUGCUUGUUUAUGAGUUUGUCCCAAACAAUACACUGGAGUUUCAUCUUCACGGGAAGGGAAGACCUGUAAUGAAUUGGUCCACAAGGAUGAAGAUUGCUCUAGGUGCUGCGAAAGGACUUGCAUAUUUGCAUGAAGAUUGUCAUCCAAAGAUUGUACACAGGGACAUCAAGGCGUCUAAUAUUCUUUUGGACUUUAACUUUGAGGCAAAGGUUGCAGAUUUUGGUCUCGCAAAGUUCUUUGCUGAUACCAAUACUCAUGUCUCCACAAGAGUGAUGGGAACUUUUGGGUAUCUUGCACCAGAGUAUGCUUCCUCUGGAAAACUUACCGAGAAGUCCGAUGUGUUCUCAUUUGGUGUCAUGCUUCUCGAGUUGAUUACUGGAAAGCGGCCUGUUAGCCAAGAUCAGUCUUUCAUGGAUGAUAGUUUGGUUGACUGGGCUAGGCCCUUGCUCACACGAGCUCUUGAGGAUGGAAAUUUUGAUAUCCUUGUCGAUGAACGAAUACAAAACAAUCACAAUCACAAUGAGAUGGCUCGUGUGGUGGCCUGUGCUGCUGCUUGCGUGCGUCAUUCAUCUAGGCGUCGACCCAGAAUGAGCCAGGUUGUAAGGGCCUUAGAAGGGGACGUAUCGCUCUCCGAUCUCAAUGAAGGAAUAAGACCCGCCGGGCACAGCACAGAGAGCUCGGACUACGAUACUGCUCAAUACAAUGAAGACUUGAGAAAGUUCCGAAAAAUGGCUCUCACAAGCCAAGAAUAUGGGAGCACUGGCCAGUAUAGCAACCCUACGAGCGAGUAUGGCUUAUAUCCAUCGGGCUCAAGUAGCGAAGGCCAGCAAACGAGAGAAAUGGAGAUGGGGAAGAUGAAGAAGGAGACGAGGGAUUCUGUUGGCGGCAUAUGA